ACUACCCCUCACGGGCUGGGAGAGCUGGGCUUGGGCGCAGUUACUGGGACCCGACAGUCCUUCGGCUCGGGUGGACUCACGGAUCCCUUUCCAGCGCCGCGGGAAUAGGGCCCCCCAAACGCGGAGCCCUCGCCGCAAAAAAAAGAAAGGCCGGGGACCCCUCGUCACCUCGCGGUCAGGGUCGCUCACAGGCUGCGGAGCGAGCAAAGGCCUCUGAGGCGGGAGAGCUGGGGUCCUGACCGGCCCCUCCACCAGAAGUUGCACUGUGUCUGUGCCAGUUGUUUUCGCCUCUUCGCAGCAGUUUCCUUUUCCGAAGAUCGAGGUUAAUGUUACUAACCUGUUUACCGUCAGGGUUUAUUUGUGGGAGUGAUAAGUAAUUGCUGCCAUUUUUUUAUUGAACAAUUGCAAUGUGCCAAGCACUGUGCUAAGUAUUUUGCUUCGAUGAUUUCGCGUCAUCUUCAAAAUAAUUUUAUGAGUGUGGAUCCAGUCAGCAGCCAGACCAUGGAGCUCUCUGAUGUCACACUCAUUGAGGGUGUGGGUAAUGAGGUGACGGUGGUGGCAGGUGUGGUGGUACUGAUUCUAGCCUUGGUCCUAGCUUGGCUUUCUACCUAUGUAGCAGACAGCAGUAACAACCAGCUCCUGGGCACUAUUGUGUCAGCAGGUGACACCUCUGUCCUCCACCUGGGGCAUGUGGACCAUCUGAUGGCAAGCCAAGGCACCCCAGAGCCAACUGAACUCCCUCAUUCAUCAGAGGGUAAUGACGAGAAGGCUGAAGAGGCUGGCGAAGGUGGAGGAGACUCCACAGGGGAGCCUGGAGCUGGGGGUGGUGUUGAGCCCAGCCUUGAGCAUCUGCUGGACAUUCAAGGCCUGCCCAAAAGACAAGCAGGCCCAGAGAGCGGCAGCCCAGAGAGCCCCCUGAGAUCUGAGGAUAGCACCUGCCUCCCUCCUAGCCCCGGCCUCAUCAAUGUACGGCUCAAAUUCCUUAAUGACACUGAGGAGCUGGCUGUGGCCAGGCCAGAGGAUACUGUGGGUGCCCUAAAGAGCAAAUACUUCCCUGGACAGGAGAGCCAGAUGAAACUGAUCUACCAGGGCCGCUUGCUGCAGGACCCAGCCCGCACACUGCGUUCCCUGAACAUUACUGACAACUGUGUAAUUCACUGCCACCGCUCACCCCCAGGGUCAGCUGUUCCAGGCCCCUCAGCCUCCCUGGCCCCCUCCACCACUGAGCCACCCAGCCUCGGCGUCAACGUGGGCAGCCUCAUGGUGCCUGUGUUUGUGGUUCUGUUGAGUGUUGUCUGGUACUUCCGUAUCAAUUACCGCCAGUUCUUCACAGCACCUGCCACUGUCUCCCUGGUGGGAGUCACGGUCUUCUUCAGCUUCCUAGUAUUUGGGAUGUAUGGACGAUAAGGACAUAGGGAGAAAAUGAAAGGCAUGGUCUUCCUCCUCUGUGGCCUCCCCCCUUUCCUGGCCAGAGCUGUGCCCAAGGGCCUGGGAGUGGGGGGUGGAAAGGUUGUGGGUGCUCCCUCCAUAGGACACAGGAGGCAGGUGUGGCACCUCUUCUUUAUGUCCACGAGGGUACAGAUACCCCUCUGUGCAAGCACAACUCAGGUAGAAACAAGGACAUCAUCUUCCCUCACUUUUUAGGGUCUUAAAGCAGUUCAGAGCCGAUGGCCCAGCUCAUUGGGGAGGCUGGGCUCUAAGGAUUCCCUCCCAGCUGCGGCCGUACCUUUCCCCAGUGUCCUGCAUGUCUGCUCCCCCGCCCCCAGGGCUGCCUGCCAGGGCAGCUUAGCAUGCCCCAGCAUACUUUUGUAGGGAGCCUGGAGUAUCCUUCGAUUCCAUAGUUAUCGAUCUUUUGAGACUAAAAUGACACAGGCAGGAAUGAGGAUUGUGCCCGCUUUCCCUACAGGCACCUAGCCGUCCCCACCUUCUUCUUCCACCCCUGUAGCAGGAAUAGGGUGUUCUCCAGGUUCUGGACAGUUUCCAGUGUUCUCAGUUUUUAAACACUUUUCUUUUUUUUUUUAAUAAUCCUUUAUAGAGCCCAGUUAGGAAGGGGAUUGGGGCACAAAGCCAAGCCCCCAGCAUUGGGAGAAGCCAGGCCACAGCUGCUGCUACCCUAGGCCUAAGGCUGUAAGCAAGACAGCACUGGCCCUCAGCCAGUGUCCUACCCUGCCCAGCUCCAAGGACGAGCUCCAUAUGGAGCACUGGGCCCCAGGCCCUUGCCUCCGGGGCUCUUGGAUGG